GCCUACCUAGGUAUACGGAUAUACAUAUUUCUUUCGGGUUGGCGCAAGUGGAGACCAGUAGUGGCUCUUGGUGAUAUACAUGUACACAUGGAGAUAUCCUCGAAAUGGGAUGAUCGAUUACGCAUCAAUACGUCUAAUAUUUGACCUGAAAUUGAAUGCGACUAAAUCUUGAAUGCCGCUAUUUUGUUAUAUUUCGAAUCAAACAUGUCCUGAAGGCGUUUGGGAAUGGAUGAGGAGGACUUGUCACGUGAGUGUUAACCUCGGCGCCGGCUACCGCCGGGUUCUCCGUCAUCGAAGGUGGGCUGCCACUGCUUGACUGCCGAAACGCAGCUUUCAUAUUACAUUUCUCGUGAACUGCGCUUGUUGGCUUCAAUUGCUACGAUAUAAUAUCUAGAGGAGUCGCAGCAUUCGAAUUAAACACAAUGUCGGCAUUACGGAUCCUUGUCCCCGUCAAACGGGUCAUUGAUUAUGCUGUCAAACCACGUGUAAACAAAGCCCAAACGGGCGUCGAAACGGCCGGUGUCAAGCACUCGAUGAAUCCAUUUGACGAGCUCAGUAUCGAGGAGUCUGUACGCAUUCGAGAGAAGAAGAAGGCCCCCGGCGGCGUUGAGGACAUCUGCGCCAUCUCCGCGGGUCCUGCAAAAGCGGUUGAUACCCUGCGCACUGCCAUGGCCAUGGGCGCGGAUAGAGCAAUCCACGUAGAGACGGCCGACGGGGAUGAGGGGGCCCUCGAGCCCCUGACUGUCGCGAAGAUGCUGCGUGCUGUCGUGGACAAGGAGAAGAGCAAUCUAGUCAUCCUCGGCAAGCAGAGUAUCGACGACGAUGCCGCGCAGACAGGUCAGAUGCUCGCUGGCUUGCUCGGCUGGCCACAAGCUACACAAGCAAGCCGUGUCGAGUUCAGCGGCGAUAGCGUUGAAGUCACGAAGGAGGUUGAUGGCGGCGUGGAGACAGUGCGCGCGAAAUUACCUAUGGUUAUCACCACAGAUUUGCGACUCAAUGAGCCGCGGUAUGCCAGUCUGCCGAACAUCAUGAAGGCCAAGAAGAAGCCCCUAGUCAAGAUGAGCCUUUCCGACUUAGGUGUGACAAAUGAAAGGAAACUGAAGAUUGUUAAGGUUACGGAACCUCCCGCGAGACAAGGUGGUGGUAAGGUCGAAGAUGUUGAUGGCAUGAUUUCGAAAUUGAAAGAGCUUGGUGCGCUAUAAACGGCAUUAUAAAAAAAAUUAGGAACCGAGUACGUGAAAAAGAGUAUUUUGUGAAAGCAUUGCCAUCCUCAACAUUAGGUCUAUAUCAUUACGAGAGCUACUCCUGGUAUGGUGGUGCAUGUCUAAGGCAAGGCGCACUCUAUUAGACCUCUUACUUUGGCUAGGUAACAGCUAUGCCAAGUCAUAUAGAAAUGUCGCGGCGAUCGUGAGCCAUCCCUUCACAUGACGCGAGCAAGUUAACAUUCUAUGAGCCACGAGCUACAUA